UGUAUCUCUCCAUCUACGUAUGAUUUUUCCACCGAUCAUCCCUCUCUUCCCUGUCGUGGAGGUCAAUACGUGUCCCGGCGUGUGUGCCGAUUGCUCAAAGUCUAACGGAUUAAUCUUACUCUCAUCAUGUUGAAAUCCGACAAGAUGUCUGGUCUCACGCCUGCGUUUGCGAAUAGUUUCGCACGGGAAACAUGGGUUCUCUACGCUGUCGGUCUUCUGGGGGUUGCUUUGCGAUUCACCGCACGGAUACGCAGGUUAGGUAUCCGCAACCUCCAAACGGAUGACUAUCUCAUGGUCUUUUCGGUCAUCUGGUAUACCAUGCUCUGUGUCGCCCUCAACCAAGUCGUCUCUGGUGGAGGGUCGAAUUUGAUGGACGAAGAUGAUAUUCUCCGCAUGACGCCCAGCGACAAAGCGGAACGAAUCAAGGGCAGCAAAUGGGUUUUUGUGUCUGAACACUCGUUUGUCUUGACCAUCUGGGGAUUAAAGGCCUGCAUGUUGGUCAUCUAUGCCCGUAUCACUGAAGGGCUGCGCCAACGACGAUGGAUCAACUACGUCGCCGUCUAUGUCGGUGUUGGCUUUGUGGCAGUCGAGCUGUCUCUUUUCCUCAUCUGUCGGCCUCUGACGAACUACUGGGCUGUUCCUACGCCUAACUACCAAUGCUCCUCCUACCAAUACUACGAAAUCGUCCAAGGCUGCAUCUCCAUCUCCGCCGACAUUCUCAUGCUGGUCAUCGCCAUCCCUCUCCUCGUGCAAGUCCGCGUGCCCCUCAAGCAGAAACUCAUCCUCCUCGUCCUCUUCGGCAUGGGCAUCUUCGUCAUCGUCGCCGCCAUCCUCACCAAAGUCUACUGUCUCGUCCCCAAACUCAUCUCCUACAUCUACAUGAACUGGUACUUCCGCGAAGCCACCGUCGCCAUCCUCGUCACCAACCUCCCGCUCGUUUGGUCUCUUCUCCGCGAUGUCUUCCCCGCCCUCAAGAGCUGGACCGGCGGAUCCCGACGAGCCACCGAUCGAUACCGGUCGGGACCCUGGACGAGCAAGGGGGGCUCGGGACUGCGACACUACGGACCUCCGACGGGCGACUUUAGCAUGCACGACUAUAACCGGAGCGUCACGGUGACGCCGCACAAAGCAGUCUCGGACCUCAGCCUGCAGCAGAGUCACGAGAAUGAUAUCAGUGACGAUGGAUCUGCACGAGCCCUACGCAUCCGACAGGACGUGACGGUGACGGUGGAGCGCCAGUCGCAUCCGCCUGAAUAUUGGGAAUCCAGGCAGUCCAAGGAGGGGCAACCGGAACCAUGAUCCACUAUCUUUCUUUCUAUAUUUUAUCUUUUAUGCUUUGUGGACUAUAGAACGGAUUGGAUAAGGGAGGUAUUGUGCUUGAUGAUAUAAUGAUUAAUCCCUAGUCUAGACCUGAUAUUAUUACUUCUUGUAUAUAAUUGUUGACGAAUGCUACAUGACCACUGAGCUACUCC